AUGGACAAACUUCCACCACCAACCAAGGCUCCGCCGUUUCCCAUCGUGACCGCUGAUCAGAAAGCCGUUCUAGGCGUAGCAAUCGCGUUUAGUAUCACUCCGGUAUUGGCUGUCUCGCUACGGCUUCUCGCUCGGCGCAUCGCUUACAGAGUUUUAGAUGCAAGUGACUACUGUAUCAUUGCUGCAUGUAUAUUCUCAGUGACAUUAGAAUCAGUCAGUAUAACGGGUGUUAUUCAAUGUGGCAUUGGCUAUGGACAUACGACGAAAGUCCUCAUGGAGUACGGAAUGGAGCCCAUUACCAAGCUUUUGAAGCUUCUCAUCCCGCUUCAGUUUCUGUGGGCACUCAGCCUCAGCUUCUGUAAGGUGUCCAUUCUCUUGCUCUACGCCAGAGUAUUCGCGGUCCCUAUCGUCAUCUGGGUAGGUAGAGGUGCCAUGGUAUUCAUCAUCUCAUGGGCAAUUGCAACCAUUGUUGCGGGAUGCCUUAUUUGCCGGCCUUUCGCCUUCAAUUGGGACCAGACAAUCCCUGGAGGCAAAUGCAGCGACCAAGUCCUCUCCUUCACCAUAACUGGUGUUUUCAACCUAGUCACCGAUGUAUUGGUCCUUCUCCUGCCAUUGCCAUACCUCUUCAAGCUACAGAUGCAAUUAUACAAGAAACUCGUCUUGAUGGGUGUCUUUAGCAUUGGACUUUUAACAUGCGUCGUCAGUGCCAUUCGCAUCCACACUCUCUCCUCCAUGGACUUCAAAGACAUCACCUACUCCCUCCCAUCCGCCAAUAUCUUUUCCGGCCUCGAACCAAGCGUAGCCAUAACGCUCUCGUGCAUUCCACUCCUACGGCCCUUGCUGCGGCAUGGCAACUACUCAAACAACGGCACUCCGGUCUAUCAAUCCACCAUUCCCUCAAAGAGCCCAGGCCUUGACGGCUGCGGAUUCGAGCAGCUCAACGACAACAACUCACAGCAUCAAUUAAGACCAGUGGCCGGAAAACACUAUGCGGCGGUUUGUGAACCGAAUAAACAAGUGUCGAGCUCGCGUGGAAGCAGCGACGUGGAAGCCAGUGAGGCUAUGGGCAUUACUGUCCAGGAAGACUGGCAAGUUGCUACGAAUUGA